GUCUACUAUCAGAUCAAACAUAUUUUUUUACUACGAUCAGAAUUUUGUUCUUAAAACAAGUCUACGAUAAACAUGCUGUUCCCACAACUUGCCCUGGCUUUCGCCACUUUCGCUGCCUGGUCUCUCGCAGCACCAAGCGAAUUCCUCCUCAAGACCACCGGAUCCAACAUCACCGCACACAACAAUCUCUAUGUCGAGGCUUAUCACACCGGUGCCGGCAUGGCAGAUGCCGUUCUCACUACCGUCACAGCCAACGCCGGCCACUUCUACCUGAAUGAGACGUAUCUGCAAAUGGAUAUUGGACAGGAGUUUUCAUAUGGGUUUGAUAUUGGUGGUGCUACCAACUAUGCCGCUUGGGAAUUCGUCACCAUCAACGCCGGACAGGGUUAUCCUGGAUUCGAGUUGGAGAAUAAGAGCACACUUACCUACAACAGCACUGAGUUUGGUGGAUGGCUCGCCUGCGACUGGUGGCACGGAUUACCCCAACUCUUCUGGAUUGUCGCCUAUGAAGAAGGUACUGUCCCCUUCCCAUCGACCUGUAGUGAGGUCGACCUCAUUCCGGCACCCAUUAGCUCUUGAAUGACUCACUGAUGUACCCUUGACGAACGUGAAUUUGAUGAUUGUGUCUUGUGUUGAACAUAUAAUCAUAUCGUGUAUAUUAGUACGAACAUAGUUGAAUACAUAAUGACUAUAUGACCUUUGAUCGUG